AUGCCAGCUAAAGAUGUUUUUCAUAAUUUGUUGACAUCAUUCACUCUGACACGUGACAAGGUGUACAACUACUAUGAUUUGAGCAAACUGGACCCCGUUCUUUAUAAUCAACUGCCAUACUCAAUUCGAGUUCUUCUUGAAUCAGCAGUUAGGAAUUGUGAUGAUUUUGAAGUGAAACAACAAGAUGUUCAAAAUAUCUUAAACUGGAGGAAGAUGCAAACAGAAGCUGUGGAAAUUCCAUUCAAACCUGCUAGAGUUAUUUUACAAGAUUUCACUGGAGUACCAGCGGUUGUCGACUUUGCAGCAAUGAGAGAUGCAGUAAAAAGAUUGGGUGGUGAUCCAGAUAAGAUCAAUCCAAUCUGCCCUGCUGACCUGGUCAUUGACCAUUCGGUGGAGGUUGACGUCUCGAAGAGUCCUACAGCUCUGCAGCAGAAUCAAGAGAUUGAGUUUCAAAGGAACAAAGAAAGAUUCACGUUUUUGAAGUGGGGUGCAAAAGCCUUACGAAACAUGCUGAUAGUCCCUCCUGGCUCUGGAAUCAUCCAUCAGGUUAAUUUAGAAUAUUUAGCAAGAGUCAUGUUCUUUGAGGGGAGUCAGGGAGAGGCCCUGGUGUACCCUGACAGUUUGGUAGGGACUGAUUCGCAUACUACUAUGAUCAAUGGAUUGGGAGUGGUUGGAUGGGGUGUUGGCGGUAUAGAGGCUGAAGCAGUUAUGCUGGGUCAGACAAUCAGCAUGGUCUUACCGCCUGUUGUUGGUUACAGAAUCAUAGGCAAGCUCAGUUCAAUGGCCACAUCUACUGAUCUUGUGCUCACCAUCACCAAGCAUCUAAGGUCAGUGGGUGUCGUUGGAAAGUUCGUUGAAUUCUAUGGUCCCGGUGUUUCCCAACUGAGCAUAGCCGACCGUGCUACAAUUUCCAACAUGUGCCCUGAAUACGGAGCCACUGUAGGAUACUUUCCUGUCGACGAUGCAAGCUUAAAAUAUUUGCAACAAACUGGUAGGGCAGGGGAGGACGUUGAAGUGAUGGCGGAGUACUUCAAGAAGGCUGGACUCUUGAGGGACUAUACCGACGCCAGUCACGAUCCCAUGUAUUCCGAAGAAACCUGCCAUGGCAGACGAAUAUUAAUUGCGGUUGAUUAUAAAAUGAUUCAAAUUCUUCCUGAUCCGCGCCAAAUAGUGGAAUUAGAUCUUGGCCAGGUUGUUCCCUGUGUUUCAGGUCCCAAAAGGCCCCAUGAUAAAGUACCUCUGAGUAACAUGAAGUUUGACUUCAAUCAGUGCCUAUCCAAUCCGCUCGGUUUCAAGGGUUACCAACUGAAGGAGGAUCAGAUGAACUCCAGAGUGACCUUCACCUUCACAGACGGCCUUCAGUAUGAACUCUGCCACGGAUCUGUGGUGAUUGCUGCCAUAACCAGCUGUACGAACACCAGCAAUCCAUCGGUUAUGCUGGGAGCAGGUUUACUGGCUAAGAGGGCUGUUGAGGCAGGCUUGAAGGUGAAGCCCUACAUAAAAACCAGUCUCUCCCCCGGCAGUGGGGUUGUCACCUAUUACCUCAAGGAAUCCGGACUUCUGGAGUACCUCGAGAAGUUGGACUUCAACCUGGUCGGCUACGGUUGCAUGACCUGCAUAGGAAACAGUGGACCCCUCGACGAAUCUCUAUCGUCUGCAAUUGAGAAGGGUGACCUGGUCGUUGCGGGAGUCUUAUCAGGGAAUAGAAAUUUUGAGGGGCGGAUCCACCCAAACACGCGUGCCAACUACCUGGCCUCACCACUCCUUGUGGUCGCCUACGCGCUAGCUGGCACCGUCGCUAUUGAUUUCGAAAUUGAGCCGCUCGGAAAGAGAGUUGACGGCACAGACGUCUACCUGAGGGAUGUUUGGCCGAGUCGAGACGAGAUUGCUGAGGUCGAGAAGAAUUUCGUUCUGCCGAAAAUGUUCAAGGACGUCUACUCCAACAUUCAAAAUGGUAGCACCUACUGGAACAGUCUGCAGGCACCUGAAGGACAGUUGUAUCCGUGGGAUGAAUCGUCAACUUACAUAAAGUCACCUCCGUUCUUCCAAACCAUGGAAGCGAGCCUUCCAUCAUUAUCGUCAAUAGUUGAAGCACGGGUCCUUCUGAAGUUUGGUGAUUCAGUAACGACGGACCACAUCUCUCCAGCUGGUAGCAUCGCACGGAACAGUCCGGCCGCUAAAUAUUUGUCUGAAAGGGGCUUAAGUCCAAAAGAGUUUAAUUCCUAUGGGUCCCGACGAGGAAAUGACGCAGUGAUGUCACGUGGUACGUUUGCUAACAUUCGAUUGGUCAACAAACUUGUACCCAAUCCAGGACCAAAAACACUCUACAUGCCUACCAAUGAAAUUAUGGACAUAUACGAGGCAGCAGAGAGAUACAAAUCCAGCAACAUUCCAGUGAUCAUCCUAGCGGGCAAGGAGUAUGGUAGCGGAUCUUCCAGGGAUUGGGCGGCAAAAGGUCCAAGUCUUCUGGGCAUAAAAGCCGUUAUAGCAGAAAGUUACGAACGCAUCCAUAGAAGCAACUUGGUCGGCAUGGGCAUCAUUCCAUUGCAGUUCCUGCCCAACCAGAACGCGGACACACUCAACCUAACUGGACAAGAAACAUACACCAUCCACAUGCCUGACCACUUGCACGCUGGGCACCACGUCACUGUUCAGCUACAAGACGGCAGAACAUUCGAAGCCAUAGCGCGCUUCGACACAGAAGUUGAACUAGUGUACUACAGGAACGGUGGCAUCCUCAACUACAUGGUCAGGCGCAUGUUGUAGCCUUCCCUUUUGUCCGCGAAAGCACCAACAAUUUGUUCUCGAUACAUAACAUUUGUUUUGUUUUUGUGUUAAACGUUUAAAAUUUUGUUAAUUUAUGUUAAUAGUUGUUUUAACUGUGAUAAAAUCGCACGCUUGUUUGUUAAUAGUGGAAUAUGUUUGGUAGCGCGGUCGUGUUCGUUUCUCAACUUUGGUUUGGUUUUAUAUAAAAUUAUUUGGUUGAAUUAUUAUAAUAUAUUAUUAU